AUCUCAAAGAAAAAUGAAAAAUUCUUCGCGAGUAGAUAUGUAAUCAAAAAAACACGAUGUGAUCACGUGUAUAUAUAACUAGUAACCAUUUCUUUAGUGCGAAACGCGUUGCCUGUACUGAUUUCAGUUGAAUCACACUUCGAUCGAAAUCUCGUCUUUUGGUUACUCUCUUCUUUUUCGAAGAGACUUUCAAUUCGCAAUGAAAUAUUUGGUAUAAAAAAUAGAAACUAUUCGAGAGAAAGUAAAAUUUGUAGAGGAAGAAAUUGAAACAGAAGUAGUAGUAGUAGUAGAAGAAGAAGAAAAAGAAGAAGAAAAAAUGAAAAUGAGCGAAAGUGAGUCAUCGUGAAAGAGUCAAGUGUGAUAAAACCGCUUGCGCAAGCACGAGUAAACCUUUGAUUGUUGGAGGGAGAGCGAACUGAUUGACAACAAGGUGGUUUGAGCAAACGUAUACACGCGUUUUCAAAGGCAGGCGUACCAGCAUACACGAUACAACGUUUGAUCAGCUUGUGAACUCGUGUUGAGUAGCGGUCCCUCAGUUGGACGUCGAGCGUAGUCAUCCACGCUCCGUUUAUCCUACUUUUCUUCGCGUAUGUUGUUCGGUCAUAAGUUGCUAUUUCGGUGCAACGAAUCGUUGUUUCAAACUACUGCAUUUUAUUGGCAUUUGAAAGAUUUAUUAAAGGUGUUUUAAUUCGUUCAAGAAUUGAGUGAGCGCAAAAGCAACAAUGUCAACGUCGGAUUUGAUCGGAUAUUCGCACGAUUUUCUUGCAGAAUUUAUUCAACUUUAUCGUAGUUUUCCCUGUUUAUGGCAGAUUAAAUAUAAAGGAUAUAAAGACAGGUUGCUUCGAAAUCGUGCUUACGACGCCCUUGUACAGAAAUUAAGGGAGGUUAAUCCGAUAGCGGAUAGAGAGACUGUGAUACGAAAAAUUAAUACUCUGCGAACUGCAUUCAGAAGGGAAUACAAGAAAGUACGAAGCUCGCAGAGGAUGGUCCAAAAUCCCCGGCAACGAUACAAAUCUUCGUUAUGGUACUACGAUAUUUUAAAAUUUGUCGCGGAACAGAACGAGACAAGUCCAUUGGACGAAGAAAGGGAUGUUAAAAAUGCUUUGGUUAACCCAACGGAUCUCUCUCAAGAGGAGAUGAUGUCUGUGCAAACGGACGUAGACAAGAUCGAGCCACCAUCGCCCGUACCCUCACCGGGAGCUAGUUCUGUCCCAGCUUUUCAACCGAUCAUCUUGGAAACCGAAGGAUCAUACGCGAGAAGAAUAUCGAACGCCGCGCAAACCGAUUAUUUGAGAAGAAAGUAUCAACAGGAAAAUUUUCAGGAUCGUCAACCGAAGGAAUCGAGUCGCGAACUCUCUCCGAGACAUUUCACCAGCUAUGAUGAUCAUUUCGAGACUUUUGGUCGUUACGUGGCCGGCAAAUUGAGAAAGUCAAUGCCUCGACAAAGUAUCAUCGCCGAGAAGAUAAUCGCGGAAGUUCUCUUAAGAGCCAAUCUUGGCACCUUGGAAGAAACUACUUGUCUUACGGAAAAAGUACCUUCUCGUUGCUUCUUGGUAAUGGGCGAUCGUUAAAUCGUUGAACGAUUAUCAUAUUUCUCGUUAUUCUCUCGUUCCUUUCAAAAAAUUUUUCGAUAUAUCCAUGUGCUUUUAUUCAUCUAUUUUUUACCCGUAUGUAUUAAGCAUACGUACGUAAUAAACACGGCCAUUCUUAUUCGAAGAACAACGGACAACGAAACGACAAUCUGAAAAAAAUUUCCGCGCGACAAUGGCGGAGAGGUUGCAUUGCGAGCAAAUAAAUUCUGGCAGCCAGCCAAAAUAAGGUUUUUCGUUUCACCAUGUAUCUUGAAAAACAGCGCAUGAGUUUUAUUUUUUCAUUCACGAAUAAAUUAUCGGUAAAUAUCUAAUAUUUCUAUAAAUUAACUAUACUUACUUAAAUUAUAUCAUUAUUUAGAUUCAGAGUUUCUCGAAAUUUCCUAUAGAUUUAAUUUCAUCAUAUCUUUCUAUCUGUGAAUUUAUUGAACGAUCUUUUGAUUUGUUAUACUAUUGAUUUGUUCUACAAUCUCAAAUUAUUUUGUAUUUAUAUAAAUAACAUUAACCUAUGUAAUUCGAUAUUAUAUAUUUGAAACAAUAGGAUUUUCGUUUUUUAAUAAUUUCUGCGCUGAGAGAUUAAUUUGAAAAAUUCAAUAAUUUGAAGAAAUAACAAAUUAUUGAAAAGAUUUAUAUUGUAAUAUGUUCUGUGUAUUAAAUCCAAAACUUAACGGAAGACGAGGUGGCCGAGUGGUUAAGGCGUUGGACUGCUAAUCCAAUGUGCUCUGCACGCGUGGGUUCGAAUCCCAUCCUCGUCGAUUAAAAAGUACUUUUCGUUCUUUUUUCUUUUUUUCUUUAUCGUAUCUUCAUAUAACCUUGAUUACAUAAAAAAUUUUAAAACGUGUAAUAUAUAUUGAUUA